GGUUCACCAUGCUGGACAAAGAAAGCCGCCGUUAGAGUUUCAGGCGCUAUGAAACGGACCCGCGCAGUAGGCAGACGGACUAGAUUACUGGAGUGCAGCUACCCAACGCGCCGGAGAGGGCGUCCCCCAGGCCAUGUAUGUACUGUACAGCACGCAACAAGCAACGAGCGACGCGUCUCAGGGGUCGCCCUCCACAGACAAGAUCAACAUGGACGAACACAUGGCUGCAACCUAGUGCUCGUUUGUGGCCCGUCAGCCAAGCCACCAAACGCCCUGGAGGAGAAGCUUCCAUCGCAAACGCAGUGCCACUUGAGAGUGGUAGCGGGGAAGCGCUAGGCGUUGGCAACCGGAGAAGCGUGAGCAGUGAGGAGACAUGUCAUCUUGUAGGUGGUAGCUCUGCCAGACACGACGCCAGCCAGCACACGACGGUGGAAUUCAACAAGUUUCAACAACGACGCCGUGCUCGCCGUAGGAAACGCAGGGCCGUCUCGAUCAAGCCUGACACAGCUGGAUGGGUUGGGCUGCGGGCGGGUGCACGGCGGAGGCGGGACACACGUGAGAGCAUCCAACCAGACGCGUGCGUGCAUGUCGGUGUCGGUGAAGCUACCAUUCGCCGCGCCUUGACGUGGAAGAGUGAGAGCGAGGUGAAGUUUGGUAGAGCGUACCGUAGUCCAGAGUUAGUCAUUACAACUGGUAUGGUAAGUAAUACCGCGGUUCGUAAUUAACACCAUGUCUUUGUUUGCACACACUAUCACGUCGCGGCCAUGUUGGUGACAGCUGGAGGCGCACAGUCGUCGUUAUGCCAGUCGUUAUGCCGCCAAGCUAGCUCUCCGCUAUCCACGUCAAGAAAUCUUCUGAGAACAUUCGCACGAGCCUCCAGACUCCCCUUCUGCAUCCUUACUCC